CUGAGAUAUUUUAAAAGACAGUUUUAGUUGACUGUGAAGUGGUGUGAGUUUCGAAUUGACAGACGCACCUGGCUUCACAUUUAACGGACACGUGUAUAUAUUUCACGUGUGUUUUGUUUCGGAACUGGCUGGUUUUCCGAUUACACUCGUCACCUUCAGAUCAUUUUUUGCUGGAUGUAAUCGUACGGCAAUUUCUACCAAGAAGACUUUGACGACCCUCAAAAUUCAUUUCACCAAACUGAGCUGUGACAUCUUAGGUGGAAUUCAGCCCAAACCGUAGAAAUGAACGUUAAAAACGAGCUGUACACGCCCACUGAGGAGAAGGACCAGAAAUACCCUGAUAUGGAUGACGAAAAAUAUAUUGCAGAUCCUGAACAGCUUACCACUACCACUACCAUCAUUUUGAGUCUUUCGCCUGACUUUGGUUAUAAACAAAAUGAAGUUGCAAACACGCUUCAGAAGCAAAAAUCAAUCGAAUCCGUCCUUUCAACCCCUAGCGAAUGCGAUAGACUUGUGAAGAAAGAGAAAUGGUACUCUGUAACCAUCCAAAUUUUUAUACCAUUCAUGAUAGCGGGCAUCGGUACCAUAGGUGCUGGAAUAGUACUUGGAAGAGUGGAGAAUUAUGAUGUCUUCAAAGAAGUUCGGGCCCUUUACGUGUUAGUGCCGGCUUUGCUGGGCUUGAAGGGAAAUCUGGAUAUGUGUUUAGCUUCGCGGCUUUCCACGCAAGCGAAUUUGGGCAACAUGAAAGGGCGAAAAGAAGUUUUGAAAAUGAUAAUUGGAAACAUCGGUCUGGUUCAGGUACAAGCAAUAGUCGCUUCAGUGAUCGUCUCGAUUUUUGCAAUAGUGACAUCCGCCAUUCUAAACGGAAACUUUUCGUGGCCUCACUCGUUUUUAAUUACAGUUUGCAGCAUUUUAACUGCGACUUUAUCUUGCUUUACUUUAGAUUUCGUCCUAAUCAGCGUCAUUUUCUUGUCGCAUAAAAUCAAACUCAACCCAGAUAACUUGGCAACACCCUUAGCAGCCAGUAUCGGUGAUGUCGUGUCUCUUUUAGUGUUGUCUACUUGGGCACGGCUAUUUUAUAAAAUUCAUGAUACGUACCAAUGGAUAAUUUUCGUUAUCCUGGGAGUAUACAUAUUUUUAAUUCUACCUGGAUGGAUAUUGAUAGUAAGAAAAAACCACUACACUUCAAAAGUACUUACAAGAGGAUGGACCCCCGUUUUGACAGCUUUGUUCAUCAGUGGUACUGGCGGAUUGGUACUGGACACUGCGGUAGGACAAUUCCCAGGCUACGUAACAUUCCAACCAAUUAUCAACGGCAUCGGUGGUAAUUUGGUGUCCGUUCAAGCGAGUCGCACCUCAACCAUGCUGCAUAAAACUUCCAUUAAGGGCGUCAUACCACCACACACGAAGCAGUGGGUGGCACCUUGGACCGCCCUUUUGAAAGGAGUGUUUCCCGCAAAGACAGCAAGAAUUUUGUUACUUAUGUCCAUCCCAGGCCAAAUCAUAUUCGUCUUAUCUGCAGAUUUGAUUUCAAAUGAUGGUGAUUUGACGGCACAAUUUCCAUUUGUGUUUUCGUAUUUGACGGUUAGCCUUGUACAAUUAAUGAUACUUUUAUAUAUUGCGCAUUUAAUGGUACAUACCAUGUGGAGAUACAAAAUGGACCCGGACAAUUCGGCUAUACCGUACUUAACAGCUCUGGGGGAUCUGUUGGGUUCCACUUUACUAUUGCUCGCGUUUAUAUUUUUGAGAUCUAUUCACCAAGAAUAUACACUAGUUUGAUAUCAGUGGGAGCAAGGUACGUCUUACAUCAUAAUUUUUGUUCCUAUAUAUGGCUUUAUCGACGAACCACGCAGUCGGGUGAACAUAAAAAAAAGUCCAGGAAUUUUUGUGGAUGUAGACUUAUUUCUCAAACGAAUUCGAAACGUUCAGAAGUUUUUGUCAAACGCAGUACUAACAUGCAUUUACUUCAUUCUACAAAGUAGUUUUGUACUACAAGCUUGGUGAUUUAGUUGACAACAGGGUCGAUCGAAACAAUAUUGUUAUUUAUGUAUUAACUAUUAAACUCCGCCCAUUUGAAACGUUUAGUGACCGAAAUGUGUAAUUUUCUUUUUAAAAAAGAAUUUUUAAAAUGUUGCUAAUUAAACCCCUACUAUUAAUAUUUUUAUACUCGUAAAAGUAUUCGUUAGUUUUAAGCAAAUUUCGUCAUGGAUGUCAAGUUAGGUCUGAACUCCCCAUAGUUACUAGUGUACCUAUUUACCAAAGUUUUCAAGGUUGCACCAAUUUUACUAAUAUUGACAAAAAAAAAUCGUAGAGCAGUAGGUAAUCAUUUUUUUAACCCUAAACGCAUAUAACAUACGACACUUGAGCAUUGGAUAAUUUCUGACAGUACUUUUAAAUUGACGACUAUUGUACAAACUAUGUUACAUACCCCAUAAUAAUUUAGAUCUAUACUGACCAUGCAAAGAUUUUUAUUUUUUAAUAAGUAUUUUUUUGUAACAUUGAGAUUUAUUUUGUUUUUAUUUUAUUAUUAAUUUAUUAUACAUUAUUGAGAUA